AUGUCCGAAUCCGACCACAUAGAAACUUUCUGCCUCAGUUCAGCCGGAAACUUCACUCGCAGCUCAACUUACCACACAAAUCUCAACACUCUUCUCUCUACUCUUAGCAACCAAUCAUCCCUCGCUAACUAUUACAAUCUUACCACUGGCCUAGCUUCAGACAGAGUCCAUGGCAUGUUCUUAUGCACUGGCGACGUCAACAGAACAACUUGCAACGCCUGCGUCAAGACCGCAACAAUCGAGAUCGCCAAAAACUGUACUAACCAUCGAGAAGCAAUCACUUACUACUUUGAUUGUAUCGUUCGUUACUCAGAUAAGUUCUUCCUAUCGACCUUAGAGACAGAGCCUAAUACCUAUUGGGUGUCUAACGAUCCAAUACCCAAAUCAUUUGGUAAGUUUAGACAGAGCUUGUCCGAGAAAAUGGGAGAAGUUAUCGUUAGAUCGUCUAUGCUGUCUUCGUCACUUACUCCAUAUUAUCUUAUGGAUACGACUAGGUUCGAUAACUUGUAUGAUCUUGAGUCUAUUGUUCAGUGUACUCCUUAUUUGGAUCCUGGAAACUGUAGCACAUGUCUGAAACUUGCGUUGCAAGAAAUCAGCGACUGUUGUAGUGAUCAGCGUUGGGCUAUCAUCUGGACUCCCAAAUGUUUUGUGAGUUUUGAUACCUACAAUUCAUCGUUGCCGCCGCUUCCGCCGCCGAAUCGUAGCGGUUCCUUCUCGAUUAGAGGAAACAAUAAAAUAGUUGGGGGAAUGGUUCUUGCAGCGGCGGCUUCGGUGUUUGUGUUUUUGGGAGUAUGA